AUGUCGUCCGUCAAGCCUCCCGAUCCGCUGCCUCCCGACCAUUCUGUGGGAGGUGUGCUGCUCGUCUUGACAUGCAUCUUGACUGCAUUUACUAUUCUUACAACGACGCUGAGGAUAUGGGCGCGUUAUGGGCGUAGAGCUCUUGGUUGGGACGACUUUGCCAUCAUCAUCUGUUGUAUCCUGGCCACGAUACGGACGAGCAUACAGAUCUUGUCUGUCGAAAGUGGAAAUGGCCGGCAUCGAUGGUAUCUGACGCAAGAAGAGUAUGAAUACGUCAACUUCCUGACUUGGCUCACCCAGCUGUUUCUCUUCACCAACAUUGCACUCCUCAAAUGCAGCAUCUGCAUGCUGAUUCUGCGCAUCAAGAAUGAAAAGGUCUUGCGGCACUGCCUAUACAGCAUGAUGGUCGGGCUGGUCUUGACCAACCUCUGGCCUAUCAUCAUCUUGUUGGCUGAAUGUGAUCCGGUGAAGAAGUACUGGAGACCAAAAACACCGGGAAAGUGCUGGCCUACCAAAGUCCGCAUCUACUCCAUCUACCUACAAGUCGCGUACUCCGUCAUCACUGACCUGAUAUGCGCCCUCCUUCCGAUUGUCGUGCUCUGGAGAGUCAAAAUCUCAACGCCAACUAAAGUUGGAGUCUGCGGCCUCAUGUCUCUGGGACUCAUCGCUACCGCCGUUGCCAUUGUCCGCGCAUCUUCCCUAGGAACCAGAACAGCCGACCUUUCCUACGACUACGCCAUCGCCGCCAUCUGGGCAAACACAGAACUUCACCUAGGCAUCAUCGCCACCAACCUCGCCCUCAGCCGCAUGAUCUGGGCGUUUGUCAGUGGCAAUUCGAAAUCAGAUCCUUCGCAGAGCACGCCCCGCUACGCCAGUGGAUCCCGUCUGAGUCGUGCCGGGUAUGUCAAAAGCAGCAACAACCGGAGCCAGUACGACAAGGACGGCUUGGCUACAGAUAUGCGCGACAGCGAAGACAAUGCCAGCCAAGCGAGCCAGAUUCCUCUCGACCCGGUCAUCAAGCGCACGACGAGUGUGCAUAUCACCACGGCGCCGGUGGAAGGGGCUGAAGAGUCAAAGGAAACGUUGCCGAGCUGGAAGUACCCGGCUAGACCAGGGGGGAGGGAAAAUAUACAUCCUUCUUCCCAGGGCUUGUGA